CUACACGAUUUACAGAUGAAUUGCUUGAAAUUGGGAGUCUUAUGAGUAAAAUAAUCGACUUUGAUGAAUCAACGGAACAAAAUCGGUUUGUUGUUAAACCUGGAGUUGAUCGUGCUUUGGAUGAAAAGAAAAGAACAUACAAUGGCCUUCCUGACUUCAUGACAAAAGUAGCCCGAGAGGAGCUUAACAAACUUAGUUCUUCCAUUACAGAAUGUAAUGUUAUUUACCUACCACAGCUGGGCUACUUGUUAGCGAUUCCUCGAUCUCUGGAGAUGAAGGAAGAAGGGGAUUUUGCGAUAGAUGGCCUGGAGUUUGUGUUUCUUAGCAAUAACAGGGUUCACUACAAGAGUGCUCGCACCAGAGAGCUUGAUAACCUUUUGGGGGACACACAGUGCGAAAUAACAGAUCAUGAGACUGCUAUUAUGCAUCGCCUACAGACUGUCAUUCUGGAACACACCAAGGUGUUGAUCGAUGUAAUGGAGUGCUGUGCAGAGUUGGACUGUUUGAUUUCGUUGGCCCUGUGUGCUAGAGAGAACAACUAUGUUUGUCCUCAGUUGACUGCAGACUCGGUGUUAAAUAUUGAACAAGGAAGGCACCCUUUGCAGGAGCUCUGUGUCAGCCUGUUUGUUCCAAAUGACACAGUAUUUGACAAAGAUAGAGGGCGCAUGAAAAUUUUGACUGGACCUAAUGCCAGUGGUAAAAGUGUCUAUCUUAAACAGGUCGGCUUGAUCGUAUUUUUGGCGCAUAUUGGCAGUUUUGUGCCUGCCGAGUCUGCUACUAUUGGCCUGACGGACAGAAUUUUUACACGGAUACACACAAGAGAAACCGUAUCUGUGGGUUUGUCAACCUUUAUGAUAGAUCUAAACCAGGUAAGCCAUUGAGAGUCGGUGUAGGUUGUUGUUAGAGAUGAAACGAAAACUGAAGUAAUCACAUCUUCAUGCAGCCAAUCACCAAACUUUUUUAAGCGGGAGUAUUAGGAGUAUUAAUAUAUACUCUCCUUACAGUGUAUGCUAGCUCAUCGUGGUUACCUCCCUGUCCACUCUCCCCCUCCUCGCACACCAUGUUUCAGAUUUCUCAAGCUUUCACCAAAAACCCGUUUAGACUUCUGGUCGUUGAGAGACACUGAGAGUAAACUGUCUUGCCUAGGUAAGAACAGGUUCAAGUCGAGUCAGGCUGGACUCGAUCUCUUGAUCGGGAGUCUCGCAUUUAAUCUAACACUGUAACCAAUGGGCCACCGGCUUUCUCUCCAAAGAAAGAUCGCAACUCAAUCGACAAAUGUUUGACUGACUUCGAAAAGUCGAAGAAUUUCGUUUGUAAUCCAAGUUAAAUAAUAAUGAGCAGACAUUAUGCUC